CAAUCAAACUCGUAAACAAACAUGAUCGGCACAAAGUUUAAAGCUUCAGCGUGGUUCUAGAAGUGGCAAAAUAGCUUCGAGUGUUUACUUUUCACUUCGAGGUAUUUGAAAUGAGGUACUCCGUCAAUUAAGGUGCUACUUGGGAUCUUCAAUAUUUUGAAAACACCCUUUGUUCCGUGCUCGCUUAGUGCACCAGCAUUGUACAGGACAACAAAACAAUGAUGAAAGAUGAAUCUGUCCCUUCCUCAGAACAUCAGUUUAUCUCUUGUUCAACAAAACAAUUUUGAGAAGAACCCAGAACAGGACCUGGAGGAGCAAGACACAGGCCGCAUGCUCAAAAAGAAAAAGAAGUCUACGCAAGUUUUCGUCAGGAACUUCUCUCCGGCACCUCUUCUGUCUGAACGUAGCUGACCCUCUGACAAACGCACUCUGCAUUAAAGAAGAGGCAAGAGAUUCUUGUGACUUCGAGUCAUCACGUGCCAGGCCCUUUGGAAUCACAACACCAAGAAAAUGCAGUUAUCUCUGGAGUUCCGCGAUCAGCCCGUGAGAGUGAAAUCGGAACCACCUGAUGUUGCAUGCCUGCCACAACAGGGCCAGGUACAUCAACAGCGCUCCGGAGUGACAGCUGGGACGUGUGAGAUUAAAGAUGAACCUCGAGAGGAAUCUUUGAAGGAACAUGCAAUCACGGAAGUCAAAACGGAGCCUUAUGACGCUGCAAUCUUGACUGGACAGGACCAAAUGGGACGCAAGUGUGAUUCAACAUCAGAAGGAGUGACAGCUGGGACGUGUCAUGUUAAAGAAGAACCUCGAGAGGAAUCUUCAAAUGGACAUCCUAUCGUAGAAGUCAUAACAGAGCCUUACAAUGUUCCACUCUUGACAGAACAGGACCAGAUGGGACAUAGCUGUGACUCAACAUCAGAAGAUGUUCACAUGCUUCACAUGGGAGAGAAGGGUUCUGAAUGCAACAUCUACCCCUCUGCAUUCUCGUGGUCUAGAAGUGGGGAGGACCAAGUGGCGACGCAUGCUGACAACAGGGCAUACAAGGGCAAUGUCUGCCCUGCAGAGUUCAGCCUGAGCGGGAACACACAGCAGCACGAGCAGAUAGAUUCAUGGAAGAAUCCAUACAAGUGCGAUAUCUGCCCUGAGAAGUUCACCCGCAGUUGGCACCUACAGCAGCACAAGCGGACACACACAAUCAAGAAGACAUACAAGUGCGAUGUCUGCCCUGCGAAGUUCAGCCGCAGUUGGCACCUACAGCAGCACACGCGGACGCACACAGGCGAGAAGCCAUACAAGUGCGAUAUCUGCCCUGCGAAGUUCAGCCGCAAUUGGUACCUACAGCAGCACAAGCGGACACACACAGGCGAGGAACCAUUCAAGUGCGAUGUUUGCCCUGCGAAGUUCAGUCAGAGCGGGCACCUACAGGUUCACAGGCGGACACACACGGGCGAGAAGCCAUACAAAUGCGAUGUCUGCCCUGCGGAGUUUAGCAGGGGCGGGAACCUAGAGCAGCACAAGUGGACACACACGGACGAGAAGCCAUACAAGUGCUGUCUCUGUCCUGCAGUGUUCAAACAGCGCGCAACCUUGUCACAUCACAAGCGAAAACAUACAGUGUGAUACAAGUGUGGUCUCUGUUCUGCAGAAUAUCGCAAGCAGACACCAUGAGGUGAGAAGCCAUAAAUGAGCAUUCUAUUUUCUGCUGACCCGAGGCACAGCACAAAGCUGCAGUGUAACAAGAAGACCUACAUCGGUGUGAAGUCAUACAAAUGCAGCCUCUGUGCUGCAGAGUUUGUGUAGAGCAGGAACAUACACAGUUAGAGGUGAAGCUGCUAGAGCUAGUUCAACCAGAGCAAGAAACCUGUGGCUUAACAGACAUCACGCGUGCGGUGACUUUUUCGCCGGCAUGGCAUCACGAGGUACUGGGACUCAGCUGGGUGUGGUGUGGUGUGCGGGCGCCGGUAUUUUUGGUGGAAUAGAAAGAGACGCAGUAUGUUGAGGACUGUGAGAAAUGGAUUUAGCCAAAAGAAAGCCAGAAAAGUAGCCAAAAAAUAGCCAAGUAGCCAACUCCGUUUUUAAGACGCCAGACGAAACCGAAAGUAGCCCAAUUUGGCUACAAGUAGCCCAAUCUGGCAACCCUGGUCCUUGGCUGUCGCAUGUCCUUGACGCAGACACUUGAAGAAGCACAUGCUAAUGCACAGAUAGGGGAAUGCUGUGCCGAUGCGAUUUGUAUCCCACCGUAUUUUACUUGUGUUGGACAUUUUGAAACUCUUACUCCUGAACAGGUCGAGGGUAAAAAAAGCUGGGUUGGGUGGUGACACAUAUGAAACAAAUAAACAAACAAAAAAAAAACAUUGAAGGGACACUCAUACAGUGGCUCCGAACUGCCAACCAAGGUUUACUUCCAUGAACAGCAUGCAUUGUAUUGUUUCCCUUCUGCCUCUGUGUUCCUUUCUUUAUUUCUUUGCCUUUUAUUCCCUUCUAUUUAUUCCUGUUUAUUAUGACGAUGAAUGCUUCAUUUACUUGCAUCUUCUCAUCUGAAAACAUAAACGAAUAAAUCCACCCAGUGAAAUAAAAGAAAUAUUUCUACAAGACGUAACGCGUUGUAAGAAGAAUCCCCACGGUUACAUUUUGUGUUACAAGCAUGUGUUGUGGAAUGCGUUACAAUUUGUAACAAUUUGUGAGUGACAUCUCAGGAGGAAUCCCGGAAAGACAAUCGUGCAUGAUAUGAGAUAUUAAAGGCUGUGACCUCA